GAACUACAUAGGGAAUUAUGGUUGUGCUGGCUUUUUUGUGAUUGGUAGCGAGUAGUAGAUUAGGAAGCUGCCAGUAUACCAAUCUCUUUACGAAACGCUACAGCUCUUUAUUUCCAGUAGUAACUGUAGUAACAACUGUGCACAGUAUGCCACAAAUAGAAAUAAUUGUUUUCAACAGUUUUUUUUUUACAUGUACAGGGCAGUAACUGAAAACGAUGCGUACAUGUUUCAAGUAUGUAGGGCAACACCUGGAAAGCUGUACGUUUUAACUGUGUUGUAGUGGGACAACAGUAACUGUCCAAGGUUGUUUGAGUAGGAAACGAAAAUGUCUGAUUCUCAAUGGACCUUGAAAUGAGGAUGUAUAUCUGAAGAUUAGUUUGCAUUAUUAUAUUAUCUGAUAAGUGCAUGUUGCACUCCGUUUGUGAUGUGGGCCGCUGCUGUCUUUAAAGGUGCACAGUAGAUGUCUAAAACUCUAUCGCAAUGGACAGCGAAGUUCAAAGAGAUGGUAGGAUACUUGAUCUGAUUGAUGACGCAUGGCGAGAGGACAAGUUGCCGUAUGAGGAUGUGACAGUACCUCUGAGUGAAUUGCCAGAACCAGAACAAGACAAUGGUGGCACAACAGAGUCCAUUAAAGAACAGGAAAUGAAAUGGACUGACCUAGCUCUACAAUACGUUCAUGAAAACAUCCCUGCAGCAGGAACCUAGUAUUCAAAGGGGGUGUUUGCUUUACUUUGCAUCAUAUGUAAUUAUUUAUCUUUCCCUCGUAUGGAGGUAUUGAUUAUGUCAUGCACAUUUUUAUUUCUUCACUAUUCUGUAAUAUUGUACAGAUUUUUCAAGUUGUAUAUGCUUUUUUCAGACUUUCAACUGCAGUAGAUACUUUAGCUGAUAGAUGUUUUAUUUUUCAAUUGUAUAUGUUAUUGGACAGGAACAUCAUUUGACAAUAAAAUUACAAGAUUUUGCUAACAUAGUUGUUUUUAGACAAAGAAUGGAAUUGGGAUAAAACUACAUUAGCAGUGCAACCAUGUAAUUACUUCUGUCCCUCAUGGAGUUUCAAUACAGCAAACAUUAUCAAAGCUAUGAUCUCUUGUGGAUGAGAAUGCUUAUGCAAAUGCACUUUGAAAAAUACUUUUAAGAAAUUUUUUUUUGUUAUCUUCCUAUUGUCUUCACUUUUUGGAUGUACUGUAUAUUUUCAUUAAAAAAUCUGCAAAUCUGGUUACAAA